AUGGUUGGUGCUAUCAUUAGCGACAACCAGGUCCUCUCGUCCGCGUCCGGUUUGGAAGGUACACUUGGAAUCGUAAUGGUAUGUGAAGAGUGCCUUUCGAUGGUCACUGUUCGUGUUGGCAGUACAUGGACAAAUAGUGGAGGGUUCCUGUUUGACAUCAGAAUGUAUGCAACGCACAAAGACUACGAUCGGAACACCCUAGCGAACGACGUGAUACUAAUAACCGUUGCCGGCAACUUCACUGGACUGCCAAAUGUGCAACCGAUAACCAUGUCGACCACGGAGAGUCCGAUGUCUUCGUCUUGUCUGGUGCUAGGCUAUGGCAAGGAUGAGAAUGGCAAUUACGGUGCACUGCGCCGUACCGAUUACCAACCGAUUGGCAAUCAAGCAUGUGAAUCAGAACUUAACCAAACCCUUCCUGUCUCGUUAGUAUGA